CAUGGGAUUAAAUUUUAAUUUUAUCAAUGAUACAGAUCAACACUAAACAAAUGUAGUGAUAAAUGUAGAACAGUAAUCAUUUAUUAAAAGAUUAGAUGAUUUAGGAAAAAUUUUGUAAGUUAUUGUUUAACAUUAUUUAGGUCUGUAAAGUUUUCAGGUGAGGAUGAAUCUAAUUAAUUUUGUUCACCUUAUUAUUAAGGAGUAACUAUUCAUCAAUCUCCUUCAGGAUUUAUAUCAUUAGUACAUGAAUUUUCAAAGAAAGAUAUUGAUGAAUUGAAUGAAGAGGACUUAUAUCGUGGAUAUAAUGAAAAAUUAUCUUCAUAUGCUAUUAGUCCAGAUGGAAUUAGUAUAUUAUCAUCAAAAGGGAAAGUUUACUUCAUUGACACAAAUUCAAAGGAUUUAUCUAUUAUUAAUUAAACAUUACCGUUGUCAAAUGAUCAUUAAUAGUCAACUUAAUUGGUAUAUGAUGAAAGGACAAGAUAUUUCUAUGCUUUUUUAAAUGAUAAUAAAUAAGUAAUAAAGUACUAGUUUCUUAACAAUGAAAUACAACAUAAACCUGUAGCAGGAUGGUAGACACCAACUGAUAAAAUGAGAGUUGUAGCUAGUAAUGGAUGGUUAUACUCAGCCCAAGAAUCAUAAGGUCUAUUCAUUUAUGAAAUUUAAUAGCAUGGAUUAAAGUUUAUAAAAUCUAUUACUUCUAAAGAUUUGUAUGACUCUGAAUAAGAUUCAUUUAGAAUUGUUGAUGUUGCAGUUUAUGAGGAUAAAUUGUAUAUUUUAGAUCAUUUUCAUGGAAUUACAUAAUUUGGUAUACAUUUUGAUGGUACAUUUACAAAAAAUGGAAAAUUGGGAUUGAUUAAAUAUACAGAUUGUAAAUCAUUUUCAGUAAGAGGAUCAACAAUUAUUUUAAUAUAAAAUUUUUAAUCAAAUUCUGAGAUUGUAGAAUUAUAUAUAUAAGAUGAUGAUUAUAUAGAAAUGAGAAAGAUAUAUACAAAAAGUUAAUUGAGAAGAGCAGAUAUUUUAGAUGAUGAUUUUGCUAUUGUUCGUGGUCUUCAUGAUCAUAAAAUUAUGUUAAUUAGAAUGCCUGAAUAAUAUCUUGAUUAAGAUGCAAAAUUAUUGUAAAAAUUUAAUUAUUCAUAUUUAUUUAGAGACAAUUAUUUCUUUAGUGGAAAUCUCUUAGGUGUGAAUAAAUUUGGUAAAAAUAAUGAUACCCUCUUUGCCAUAUCUCCUCAUGGAUUCUAUAUUUUUGUUUACAGAGCAUAUCCAACUAUAAUCAUUUGUAAUAGUAAUGAUAUUGAAUCAGGAAUAUAUUAAACAUAUGUAAUUAAAUUAUUCAAUUUAUUUAAGAUGUAAGUAAAGAGUACUGAUUGUGAUAAGAAAAAAGAUAAAUAAAAUAAUCUCCAAUAUUGUAUUACCAAUCAUGUAUACAAUUUCGAAAUUAAGAAACCCUUGCUUUCACCAGAAUAACAAGAAAUUACUAUAUAUUUAACUAUUAUUUUGAUAUCAAUCAUUAUACUAUUGAUUGGAUGCAUAUUGUUUCAUUGCAGAAGCUAUCAAAUUAAAAUGGAAAACUUAGAGAGAUCUAAAAAAAAAAAAAAUUAUAAACCUCCUAGUAAAAUGGAAGUAUGAUA